GCGACGCACUGCACUGCACGCCCGCAACGCACACACACCCUCCACGACAAGCCUUUUUCCUCAGAGGGGCGCAUCCAAGUAAUCCAACAAGUGUGUGUGUGUGUGUAUUUGUGCAUUUAUGCCUCUGCGUACAUCGGACCUGCAGACAGACAACACAACCUGAUCCACGGAAAAGUUGCCGUGUAUCAAGUAAUAAGACAACAGAAGGACAGCUUUGUCCUAUGACAUUAGAUCAGUUCUAUCAUCUCUAGGUACUCGUAACUGAAGCGACAUUGAAUCUGUGCCUACAUCUCAACCAGUGACCCAGUAGCCUGUACCCGAACUUAAACGACGCAGUUAUGCAGAGAGAAUUGACAUCCGCGAUUCUGCCAUGGAGGAUGGCUUUGGUGGGGGCACUGAUGCCACUGCUGCUGCUGCUGCCAAUCGUGCCAGUCACAGACUCUGCACCUCUGGAGGCAGUGCAUCUUCACAGCCUCCCACUGCAAGGUGACCAGAAACCUCCAGACCUCUGGUCUACCAGUCCAGACACUCAACUGACCACAGAACCAGCGAUGGACCGGCGCAUCAUCCAAACACCAGCGUCUCAGACCAAGUCCAUCUCAGUUAUGGUGCCACCACAGCACAUCACCAAACCCAACAAACACAUGAGGGGGGACCCAGGCACGAGUCGCCCUGAGUUCCGAGACAAAACCCGGACACCGUUUGUCAUCCUCGGCAGGAGAAUGAAGACGUUUCCGGUGUCCACAGCUCCUGGUGUAGAGGGGAAGAUCACCGCGUCCACAUCUGAUUUCGUCAGACCUCUGAAGACUGAUGACCAAGUGACAGGCAGGCCCAGCAUGCAGGAACAAACAGGAACAGAGAACAGCAGCCUGGACAAGCGAGCGAAGACCUCUGCGAUGACCACUGAAUGGGUGCGACCAGGACAGGUGGGUGGAGGUGUGGACAAACGUGCGAGGGAGAGGGUGGGGACAGACAUCCCCGACCUUGAACUUGACCGCAGGGAGAAGAUCCUGAAGAUGCUGAGCACCCUGGAGGAGCUCUACAAGGCCUUCAACAGCACCCUCAGCUCACGUCUCACACUCGUACCGCGAGGCAAUGGACGUGGUUCAGGGAAAAAGGGUAAAACGGCAAUAGCAGAUGGAGCUGUAAAAACAACAGCAGCGCCAUCUACUGACAGCAGUGGAACUGCAGCUAGGUCCAGCACUGCACAAGUGAAUCCACUGAGUCUAAGUGGCAAGGCUUUCAAAAAGUCCCUCCCUCCUCCGACUAAAAAGGGCAACAAGAGAGUGUGUUUCUGGAAAUACUGCUCCCAAAACUGACACAGUCGCUACGACAACCAUGACCACCACCUCCUCCUCCGCUGAAAUCUGGACCCCUGCUCUGUGCUGAUGUGAUGUUGGAUGUCAGAAGCCGCUGCCUCCAUCUGCUCCACUCCACCCUCCUAAUGCUUAGCCUGGUGCCUGGCAACCGGGCCAAGCAUCCCAGCCCAGGCGCCGACAAAGCCCUCUAUCCAGGGCUCAUCAAUAACCUUACUGACAGUGAAGAACGGAAAGUGUGUGUGUGUGUGCGUGUGUUUGUGUGUGUGUGUGUGUGUGUGUUUGUGUGUGUGUGUGUGUGUGUGUGUGUGUGUAUGUGUGUGUGUCUGUCUGUACUUGAUAGAGAACAAGAAAGACGUGUGUACCCCUUGGCUUUUGUGCACGAAACUCCGCUAACCUCCUUGAGAAACGAGAUUGUGUAAUUGGCUCCAAUAAUAAACUCACAAGUAUCAAACCGUCCCCUGCUAUCA